AUGCUCUGCCUCACGCCUUUCCUCCUCAUCCUCCUGCCUCUCGCAGCAGCGCAGAUCCGCGGCUUCAACUCCAACGGCAUCGGUCCUAAUGGCGUCAAACACGCCGCCGACUUCAAGAGGGAGUUCAACAGAAUGCAUAACCUCGAGGGCCAAGCGCCCUUCACCUCCGCUCGUCUCUACACGAUGAUCCAGGCCGGCACGCAAUCCGACCCGGUGGAAGCGUUCCAAGCCGCCCUGGACACCAAAACCAAACUCCUCCUGGGCCUCUGGGCCUCCGCCGGCGACGCGGCCUUUGAAAACGAACUCGCGGCUCUCCGGAAAGCGAAACAGCGCUUCGGCAAGCAAUGGAAAGACGUCGUGGCCGGGUGCAGCGUGGGCAGCGAGGACAUGUACCGCAUCACACCCACGGGGAUCAAGAACAAAUCCGGCGCGGGCGCCGGCCCCGACGUGCUGGUGCGGUACAUUUCCAAAGUCCGCCAGAUCCUACAAGGCACCGGCACGCCCGUGGGCCACGUCGACACGUGGACGGCGUGGGUCAACGGCAGCAACAGCGCCGUCAUCCCGCACGUCGACUUCCUCGGCGUCGACGCAUACCCCUACUACGAAUCCGACCAGCCCGACAAUUCCAUCUCCCAGGCCCCGCGACUCUUUUUUGACGCCUACCACAAGACCGUCGCCGUUGCCCACGGCAAGCCGGUCUGGGUCACCGAGACCGGGUGGCCCGUCCGGGGCCCGAGGGAUUUCGCAAAGGCGGUGCCGAGUGUCGCGAAUGCGAAGACGUAUUGGGACGAGGUGGGAUGUCGGAUCUUCGGGCGGAUUAAUACGUGGUGGUUCACGCUGGAUGAUACGAAGAAGGAUCCGGGGGAGAUUUCGUUUAGUACUGUCGGGCCUAAUUUGGGGAAGCCGUUGUUUGAUUUGCGAUGUCCGAAGUGA